CGAGAAAAAAAGGAAAGUGCAAGUUAGUAGUAGCAUAAUUGGGUUACUAAUCGUUAUCAUUCACCCGGCAUCAGGCCUGAAAUUUAAGUUGGAGGUGAAAGGCACCUUUCGCGGCUUUAAGACUGCCGCAACGGGUGAACUAAAACCGUAUGAAAACUUACUCCAGACAGUGCCAUGUUGAGAUAAGUUGCAAACUGUGGUACACCGACUAUUAAUACUGGGAGUAUAUACAGGUCAAGUGUAAAGCCGCAGCUAUUCCCAUACGGUAAAAUGGAAAGCUCUGGCACCAUAAACCUCGGAAAAUAUGCAAGGCUUUGUUUUCUUGUCAUAGAACUUGGGACAGAGGCAAUGAGGCAGUAUUUCAAGAAGAUACUGCUUCCAUCUGGUACAUCUCUACAGCAGUUUCUCUCUAGUAACAGAGUCAUUUUAGAAGGCAUGUUAAGCAAAAGGAAACUUAAUAAGACCCAAUUUGAUUUGUUAUUUCCUCCGGGAGGCACAAUGCCUGCGACAUGUUUGAACAAUUUUGAUAUCACACUUUUGUUUAGUUUAAUUAGAGACCUGCACCCUAAGACGUCUGAUGUUCCUGAGCCCAAAUCUGAUGUUUGGAACAACCUUCAGGCAGCCAGAUCUUCUCCCGAUCUACCAAGACAAAUAUUGGAUCUGAUUGAGAUUAAAUUUUAUCGAAACAGUCUGGCACACUCGAAGUCAGUGAAUAUUACAGACUCUGAUUAUGAACUUAUGUGGCAGUCAAUCACAAUCAGUGUACUCAACUUGGGUGUAACAACAGAACAACUGGAUUCUGUUAAAAACAUAACCAUUGAUCCAGAGAAGGAACAGGAAUACAUCACACGAUUGAAAAACCAAGAACAGGAAGAGCAAAAUUUAAAAGAAGGCUUGCAUACCAGAAUAAGACGAGUGGAACAUGCCGUGACAGUCAUUGUUGUCUUAGUGGUAGCAGCUAGCAUGGGGAUGGUUUUAAGAGACAAAUUACCCAAAUCUAUUUUGGGUCUAAUUGACAUGUUACAGUUUGGUAUGGCUAAUUUAGGAUCUUUUUCUUUGCUUCUAUUAACCUUUAUGAUAACAGUAGUGGGAGUAACAUUGGUGAAGGAAAUGUUACAGCACCAGGCAUCAAGGCUGCAUGAAACAAUAAAAUGUGGUUUUUCUGACCCUAGUACAGUGCAAAUUGUCUCCAGGAGAGAAUGGGGUGCCAGAGAAGCCUCCGGACCCAUGAGCCCCUUGCUCAUCCCAGUCAAGUAUGUUAUUAUAGCGCACACAGUGUCUGGAUUAUGCGAGUCCGUGGAAGCAUGCUCAGGUAUUUUACGAGGCAUACAGCAAAGGCACAUGGCUGAUAGAGGUUGGUCAGAUAUUGCAUACAAUUACCACAUAGCAGAUGAUGGCAGAGUGUAUGAAGGUCGGGGACCAUCAAUUGCUGGGUCACACACCAAAGGGUGGAAUUUGAACUCUUGGGGCAUUGCCUUCAUGGGAGACUUCAGUUACCGCCUACCUAGUCCAAGGGCCUUAUGGGCUUUAAAGGCUUUUCUGAAAAACUCGGUAGAAAAUGGUUUCUUAGAGGAAAAUUAUGUACUGUUAGGGCACUGCCAGGUUGCUCCCUUUGCAAGUCCAGGAGACACACUGUACAGAGAACUUAAAACUUGGGAUCAUUGGCAAGACAUCCAUGCGUGAGCUACCAGUGUUACAAGAACCACUCGUAAGAUUUGGUAUUACAAACAUAACUUAUUUAAACGUGAGGUUUAUCACAAUAUGCUCAUUAAAAUUAUAAUAUCACUAUUUGUGAUAGAUAUGAACAGUUCCAUUCUGUGUUUAAGUGAAUCUCUAAAAUUAAAUAAAUUCAAAUAAAUAUGAAAGAACACAAGGUUUGUGUUUAAAUAUGUCCAUCUUUUUAUUCAUGAAAAUCUCUAUAACUGAAGUUAAUAUAUAAGUGUCACAGGAUUUAUGUUUGAGUAUGUACACGUAACAACAUUAUGAAAUAUAUUUCCAAACUGUUACAUCUCUUCGUGGACCAAAAAAGCAAAGUGGUGGGUGCAUCAUUCUUUUUCAAUUUUAUCUUUCCAUGGAAUACUAGCACAGUCUUGAAUCUGAUGCUGUAAAUGUAGAAAUUAAACAAGAUAUUGCUUUUUUUUGUUGAAAAAAAAUCUAAUGAAUGAUUAAUUUUAGGGUCUCUGCUGUUUGUUGAAUCUCUGGUGUCUGAAAUCAUUACUUCUCCCUACAAAGUUAUACUGAGUCUAAAAUAUCAUGUCACUUUUCAACAGUGAAAUUACUAUACUGGCUCAACGAUUUUACUUUUACAAAAAGGGAGUAAUGCACAUUACUGAUCACCUGGUUCAAAGCAAGAGGCUUUUUAAAAAAUGUUUUCCAGGUUGUAGAACUGAGAAGCAAUAGUUGAUUCAAUAAAACACCUGACAUUUAACAAAAAGA